AAGGCCGGUUUCUUUCCUCCUGUUGGCUACUACCAAGUUCCAUUUUUUUUGGUGUUGUGGGGGAGGUUUGGUCUGUGGAAACAUUUGCAUAUUUCAGGCUGAGCUUCCUUUUGCGCCAAUACCGGCGGGCAGCACAGUUCCCUCAUUAGCAUACACACCUCGUUGGUUUGCAUAGAGCAGCAGCAGGCGCCGGGAAGGAUUUGGGUUCGUUAAGCGCACACGCAGUCCCUGUAUUGUGUGCAACCCUAGAAGGCAGCAAAGCAGCAGCAGCCGCCGCGAGGAGACUAGGCGAGCGUUGGAAUGGCUGAAGGGUUAACUUCCUAGAGGAAUUGCGCUACACACGGCGGCGUCGCAAGGGGAGUUUGGAGGCUGCAAUGGCAGAGCUCAGCGGGGCACGUUAUUACCUGCUCAUUUGAGAUUACUGGCGAGGAGAUGCCGCCUUUCUGUGGAGCAGGAAGGGAGGAAAGCCGCUGAAGCGUCGGCUCCUCGUGCGGGGGCAUUUUGCUGAGCGAAAAGACAGACGAGGCAGGGGGGAAGCAAAGGGACUGGCUCUGCCGACGCUGAGGUGAGAAAGGAGGCAGCCGGCCAGCCGUGAUAACAAGGACUUGGCUCAGCCGAGGGGCCCGGAGAGAGGGACUUGGCCCCCUUCCUCGAAGCGGGGUGCCCUGGUGCGCCCAAGCGACCCGUUGGCAGGUCUUGCAGCACGGAGGGCUCUCGCGAUGCGCUGCCUGGCUCUGCUUGGCUUGUUCGCUUGGGGCUUCGGGAGCUUCGCUGGGCCCAGCGGAGGAGCUUCCCCUCCUCCAUGCCCGGCUUCCUGCAGCUGCGAUGGGGACGGGGGAGUCGACUGCUCCGGGAGAGGGCUCACCGCCGUGCCCGAGGGACUCAGCGCCUUCACCCACUCCCUGGAUAUCAGUAUGAACAAUAUAACAAGGUUACUUGAGGAUGCAUUCAAGAAUUUCCCUUAUCUUGAAGAGCUACGGCUGGCUGGCAAUGACCUUGCUUUUAUCCAUCCAAAGGCCUUGUCUGGGUUGAAGGAACUCAAAGUUCUCACUCUGCAGAACAAUCAGUUGAAAACUGUUCCUAAUGAAGCCAUUCGGGGACUAAGUGGGCUACAGUCAUUGCGCUUAGAUGCUAACCACAUUACUGCUGUCCCUGAAGACAGUUUUGAGGGCCUAGCUCAACUGCGUCACCUAUGGCUGGAUGAUAACAGCUUGACUGAAGUCCCCAUUGUUCCACUGAGCAAUCUUCCCUCCCUGCAGGCCUUAACUUUGGCUCUCAACAAAAUAACCAGCAUACCUGAUUUUGCAUUUACAAACCUCUCAAGCCUCGUUGUCUUACAUCUCCAUAACAAUAAAAUAAAAACAUUAGGACAUCGAUGUUUUGAUGGAUUAAACAACCUAGAAACUUUGGAUUUAAAUUAUAACAACAUGGUAGAAUUUCCUGAAGCUAUUAAAGCACUUCCAAGCCUAAAGGAACUGGGAUUUCACAGUAAUUACAUUGCUAUGAUUCCUGACAAUGCUUUUGUAGGAAACCCACUAUUAAGAACUAUACAUCUGUAUGAUAACCCUCUUUCUUUUGUUGGGAACUCAACUUUUCAGAACUUAUCAGAUUUGCAUUCCCUGGUUAUUCGUGGGGCCAGCAUGGUGCAGUGGUUUCCUAACUUAACAGGAACUACUAAUCUGGAGAGUCUGACUUUUACAGGCACUAAAAUAAGUGGGCUCCCUGCUGAUCUAUGCCUGGACCAAAAGAUACUUCGAACUCUGGACUUGUCUUAUAACAACAUAAAACAACUUCCAAGUUUUAAAGGCUGCAGUUCCUUGGAAGAAAUUUCUUUACAGCAUAAUCAAAUUGAGGAAAUCAAAGAAGAUGUAUUCCAGGAACUGACUUCUCUGCGUACCCUUGAUCUCAGCAGGAACUUGAUCCACCGGAUUUACAAGGAAGCAUUUACUACGCUUGGUGCUAUUACCAACCUAGACUUAAGUUUCAAUGCAUUGACUUCAUUUCCGACUGGAGGCCUGAGUGGGUUAAACCAGCUUAAACUUGUAGGCAAUUCAGAACUGAAAGAAGCCCUGGUAGCUAAGGACUUUGUGAAACUCCGAUCUCUGUCUGUUCCAUACGCCUACCAGUGCUGUGCCUUCUGGGGUUGUGAUUCCUAUUUAAACUCCAACAGUGAAGAUUCCAGCCACCAAGAUCAGAGUCUGUCAGUAACACAUGACCGAGGUGCAUCAGAAGCAGAUGACCUAAGAAGUGAUGAGAAUGAAGAACUUGGUCAGACAAUAAUUCACUGUACUCCAGCAACAGGUGCUUUCAAGCCCUGUGAAUACUUGCUAGGAAGCUGGAUGAUUCGUCUUACAGUCUGGUUUAUUUUUUUGGUUGCAUUGUUCUUCAAUAUGCUUGUCAUAUUAACUAUAUUUGCUUCUUGGACUUCAUUAUCUUCCUCCAAACUAUUCAUAGGCUUGAUUUCUGUCUCUAACUUAGUUAUGGGAGUCUACACUGGUAUUUUAACUUUCCUGGAUGCAGUCUCUUGGGGAAGGUUUGCUGAAUUUGGCAUAUGGUGGGAGACUGGCAGUGGCUGUAAAAUUGCUGGGUUUCUGGCCAUCUUCUCUUCAGAAAGUGCCAUUUUUUUCUUAAUGUUGGCUGCCAUUGAACGGAGCUUAUUUGCAAAGGAAAUCAUUAAAAAGGGAAAGAGCAAUAACCAAAAACAGUUUCGAAUUGCUGCCAUGUUUGUUUUUGUGUGUGCAUUGGUAGCAGGAUGUUUGCCACUUUUCCAUAAGGGGGAAUAUUCCGCAUCACCCAUCUGCCUGCCCUUUCCCUCUGGAGAAACGCCCUCCUUGGGCUUCACAGUUACAUUAGUGCUCCUAAACUCAUUAGCCUUUUUGCUCAUGGCUAUUAUUUAUACCAAACUGUACUGCAACUUGGAAAAAGAAGACCUCUCUGAGAACUCACAAGCCAGCAUGAUUAAACAUGUUGCUUGGUUAAUUUUCACAAACUGCAUCUUUUUCUGCCCUGUUGCAUUUUUCUCAUUUGCUCCACUCAUCACUGCAAUCUCUAUUAGCCCUGAAAUAAUGAAGUCUGUCACUCUGAUAUUUUUUCCGCUGCCUGCUUGUUUGAAUCCCGUCUUGUAUGUCUUCUUCAACCCCAAAUUCAAGGAAGAUUGGAAAUUACUGAGAUGGCACAUCACAAAGAAGAAUGGAACCGGGACAGUUGCUGUGAAUACACAAGGUGGCUGUGGGACACAGGAUUUCUACUAUGAUUGUGGCAUGUACACACAUCUGCAGGGCAACCUUACUGUGUGUGAGUGCUGUGAAUCACUACUUAUAUCCAAGCCUGUACCAUGUAAACACUUAAUAAAAUCCCACAGUUGUCCGGCUUUGACAGUAGUGCCUUGCCAAAGGCCAGAUGGCUACUGGUCAGAUUGUGGUACCCAGUCUGCCCAUUCAGAUUAUGCAGAUGAAGAGGACUCUUUUGUGUCAGACAGUUCAGAUCAAGUACAGGCCUGUGGGCGUGCUUGUUUCUAUCAGAGCAGAGGUUUUCCUUUGGUUCGUUAUGCCUACAACAUCCCAAGGAUUAAAGACUGAAAGCCUUUACCGAAAACUGUGUGCUAAAAAGGAGGAAGUACGAUGCUUCAUAGACCAUGCCUAUUCUGACCUUUCCCCUGGAAGCACUUUUGCAAUCAUCGUUUGAUGUUAGUUGUAAACCAGGAAUAUAGGCGACAAAUGUCUUUUGAGCUAUACAUUUUUAAAUAAGAGCUGUUGCUCUUACUGUAAAUAAUUUGAAAACCAAAAUUUAUAAUCCAGUUUUUUAUUCUUUCCAACCAAUUAUAUAUAAUGUUUAUGUUCUUAGGCUAUAUUUCUAUAUUGUUAUCUAAUUGCAAUUUACUGCUGCUGUUGUGGGGUGAAUUGUAUCAACUCUUUCAGUUAAGCACAAUACAACAAUAAGCAGUUAACGUUAAAAAAGAAUAUUUUUAAUGUGACUUUAUAUCGCUAAGGGGAAAAAACUGUUGCUAACUUUUGUAUAGCCUUUCUGACUGAAUCUCAGGACAACUUACUGCAGGGCCAAAAAAAGGGAGUAAUUUCCCCAUAUGCAACUGUGAGCCGAAUACAGGCAAAACAUGCUCCCCCCCGCCCCCAAUACUUCAAGCUGUGGCUUAAUUUGAAUGAAGUAAAAAAUUUCAGUGUACAAAGAAAAACAAAACUUGCCACUCUUCAUGAUCCUCAGAUUUUGGGUGGUUUGGCAUAAUAGCCCUCCUGUUCUGAGUACUGUUUGAUAGCAAUCGGGAUCACUGUUCCCUCUAAGGCGUGCACAUGUGCUGAACUCGUUUUCUGAUGUCCGCUCAGUUAAUUUUAGAUCCUGCUCAGACUGAAUCAGGAAGGCUCCACUUGAAUGCCUGUGUGUGCACAUUGCCUUAAUAAUGCCACCCAGAACAAAAAUCAUUCCGCACACAGAUGAAAAAAAUUAGAAAGAACACUGAUUGGGAUCUUUGAGCCUUUGCAAGCUAGGCAAACAUCAAAAUCAGAUCUGCCAAACUUGUGUUGGCCUGUGGUCCCAAUAUAUGUUACACUAGUCCCUUUAGUGUGGAAUAGAUUCUGCACUCAGUUGCUGUGAUCCAAUGGUGAUGUGCACACUCGGGAAUUAUUUUAAUGUACAUAUGAAGCUCUGCAAAUAAUAGAAGCUACUUCUUUUCAUCUGCCAAGUUGGAAACUAUUCUGCACACAUAAUGGAGAUUGCUUAAUGCAAUCACAAGAGCAUUUUUAAUGUAGAAAUGUUCAUCCAUAGAUAGAUCUCCAUAUGUGUGUUACAGAUCUGCUGGGUGCUGGAUUCUGCCCUGGAUGUCUUCCAAUGGCUAAAAAGCCACUCUGCAGUUGAAAAAAAGUCAGGGAAACCUUACUUGUGUGAUCUAAUAUUUUAUGCCACCCACACAAAGCAUCUGUUCGCUAGGACUUUGUUGCUCUCCUUGCCUCCUACCACAGCCCCUGCUUUAUUGCUCAGUGUCAGCCACCCACUCUCAGCUUCCUCCUCCCCUGCUGCUGGCCUUCCUGUCCCCUCCCCACCACCUACAAUAAGAGAAAUACUGUUUGGAGUGAAACCACAUUACAUAAUGUUUUGUAAUGGGGUAGAUUAGGUCUGAAAGUAGCAAAUUUAUUUGGACUAAAAGAUAAUUCAUAUGAAAAGACUAAAUAUUGCAUAAGAACACCUAGAGAUAAAACAUGUAAGCUGCCCUAAAACAUGGGAACUUCUGCUUUGCUGCUAUUUUAUGGUUGGGUAGAUAUGGGCUCAUUUUCAUGACAAUUGAGGGUGUGGAAAGUGACAUUUGAAUAAUUGUGUGUGCGACUUUACACCUUGAUAUUUCUUGGUUACAGAAAGUAGUAAUUCUUGUUUGACCUUAGUUUGAAGUCCUUAAAACAUAAAAUGAUGAAUGCAUGAUCAAACUAAAAAUUAUAUUUCUUGAACAAAUGAACAAAAUGUGUGAUAGCAAUUCCACUGCCAUACCAAUUCUGGCACCAUUUUUACUGAACAACUUAGGUUAGAUUGCAGUUAGGAAUAUUAAAUUGUACAUAGUGUGCAUAAAAGAUUUUUUCUUUGUUUUGUAAAUUAUUUGAUAGAACACAUGAUGGGAAAUGUGGCUUCAGUGCAUUUUGUUAAUUAAAGCUACCUCCUGAAAUAUAGCAGCUGCCAGUAGCAGAAUGUUAAAUUGUGGUUUAUAUACUUUUUUGCAUUGUAAAUAAAUAUUGGUUGUACAUUGUUGUUAUAAAACCAGAAGCUUUGUAUAUCAAAAUUAUUUAGCUUGUACAAAAUAUGGGAUGGUAUCAUUCUUGUAUACUGUAAUUUUUGUAAACCUAAAUCAUUCAUAGUAAAAUCUAAAAAAUAAGAGCAACAAAGAAAA